AUGAAAGGUAUAUGUCUAAUAGGUGAUAAAUCCUUAGUUGCAUUAUAUGAUACUGGAGCUUCGCAUUCGUUUAUUUCAUUUGCUAAAGUUGAGGAAUUAGGCUUGAAAGUGUUAGAGUUACCUUUUGAUCUACAUGUACAUACUCCACAUCAAACAGUUAUGACUAGGUCAGGUUGUAGACAAGUAGGUUUCAAGCUUGAGGGAAGAGACUUUUUGCAUGACUUGAUCUGUUUGCCGAUGGUUGGAUUGGAAAUGAUUUUGGGGUUUGAUUGGUUGUCGAAGAAUCGGGUUUUGUUGGAUUGCUUUGAAUGGACUAUUUGGUUUAUGCCGGAAGGAGAGAAGGGAGCAGUGAACUUAAGUCAGAUUCCGGUGGUUAGAGAUUUUCCAGAAGUGUUCCCGGAAGAUAUCCCUGAGUUCCCACCUCAAAGGGAAAUUGAACUUGCAAUUGAAUUGGUGCCGGGAGUCAGACCAGUGUCAAUUGCGGCGUAUAUAAUGGCUCUGAUAGAGCUAGUAUAA